ACAACAAAUUAAAGCAAUUAGCUCUAGCUACCUAGCUAGGUCUCACAGGCCAGAUGAGUUCAACAUCUCCUUCUUCAAAGCUGGACGUAAAUCUUUCCCUGACGUUGCCAGCGUCGUCAGCUGGGCCAGGCCCCGUUGAAGCCUUGAAGCCGGAAGAAAGAGGCAUACAUCUCAUUCAACUACUCUUGACGUGUGCUAAUCAUACCUCGUCCGGCAACCUCCACCAUGCCGACGCAUGUCUCCGCCAGAUAUCGCUGCUCGCCUCGGUUUCCGGUGAUCCCAUGCAGCGGCUGGCGGCCCGGUUCGCUUAUGCCCUAGCAACUCGUCUCGUCAAGCGCUGGCCUGGCCUUUAUAAGGCCUUGAGCCAUAUUCAACGAUCUAAAAGUACUGAAGGGGACAGAGCCUGUGCAUUCUUCUCACAGGCCUUCCCUUACCUCGGUUUUGCCUAUGCCAUCAUAGCCCGGACCUUGGUCCAAGCCAUGUCAGAGGAGCGUGUGAUUCAUAUUGUGGAUUUGGGCUCGGGUGACCCCAAAUUAUGGGUCCCAUUUAUGCGGAGCUUCGCACUUAUGGACCAUGGUCCUCCUUACCUGAGAAUCACUUGUGUAAACAGCAACAAAGUAGUUCUACAGAACUUGGGGACAAGGCUUGUAAAAGAGGCAGAAAGCCUAGGCAUGCCUUUCCAAUUCAACCCUCUAAAUGUCAGCCUAAGAGACCUGACCACAGACAUGCUUAAGAUAAGGUCGGGAGAAGCAUUGGCAAUGGUCUCAAUUCUAAGUCUUCAUGUCUUGUUGGCAGAGGAUGAUCGAGUAGAUGCCCAUUUUGGGUUUGGGGGUAGCAAAGGCAAUGGAAUGAAGGAUUGCAAGCAAAUGGCAGAAUUCCUAGCAAUGGUUCGGUCAAUGUCACCAAAAGUGUUUCUAUUAGUUGAACAAGAAGCUGACCAUAAUCUAAACCGUUUAGUGGACAGGUUUGUGGAGGGAUUGCACUACUACAGUGCCAUCUUUGAUUCUCUGGAUGUGAAUUAUGGGUCUGUUUCCAGCGAGGAGAGACUUGCAGCAGAGGAGAUGUUUGGAAGAGAGAUUGAAGAGAUUGUGGCGUGUGAGGGCAUGGAAAGGGAGGAAAGGCAUGAGAGAUACGCGAGGUGGAUGGUUAGGUUCGGUCGAGCUGGGUUGAAGCCGGUGCGGCUGUGGAGUGAUAAGAUGGUGGACGCAAAGCAGAUGGUAGAGGCCUAUGGCAGGGAUGGUUAUAAGAUUAUGAAAGAUAAAGCCUGCAUGAUGAUUUGUUGGCAUGAACAGCCUCUUUUUGCAGUGUCCGCAUGGACUUGUUAGCUA